UGGCUCGGUUCGGUGUGUCAGUUGUCGUCUUCUGUUCCAUUUGCAGUGCUGGAAAAGAAGAAAGGUUCAACCGUUCUCGUCUCUCCUAUUCGCCAUGGAAACUCGAUCGCAUCCGUCUGAUAUUCGUUUCCGAUGGUAAAUGCUAUUGAUUCGCGAUGAAUCUUCAGGUUACACCCUACGCAUCUUCUCCAUCUUCGUCCUUCCCUCCAGAAUACACUGGCGAUGCUGGCCACGAAAGCGACAUCUGCCACGGCAUCUGGUUCGAUGCUCUGCUCGUGGUUCCGGCGGUGCUGUUCGUCGUAUACUUGGGGCUGAACGCGAGCAAGAAUGUGAAGAAGCUGUGGCGUGGAGGCUCCUACGUCAUGAUUGCGUAUUACGCCCUCCUCUGGUUCGCCAGCUCCCUCAAUCUCGCUUGGUGCUGCCUUCAGGCCUGGCAAUGCUCUCCUCAGAAGGAAGUUGCUUGGAAUUUUCUGUCGCUGUUUGUGGAAUCUUCAAUCUUAUGCUUGGAAAUUAGUGUGAUCGCUUUCUUGCUCCAAGAUAAUUAUGCUACUGGAAUGGAAACUUUGGGACGAACCUUUCUUGUGUCAGGAAUUAUUGUUGGUGUCGAUCUGCUGUUCAAGGUAAUAUUAAUUCUUGUAGCAAUUUCCCUCUGGGCAUUCAGUUUUACAUGGAGAGGCAUCCCUUUCUCUGUGACUUACUGAAUCAGAUUCCAAAGUAGAGGCUUCAUAGUUCAUAUAUGAAUCCUAGAAACUUGUGUUGCCAUUACUGUUGGAAAACUUACUUGCCCUGGGUCGAUCAUCUGAAAUCAGAUAGUUGGACAUGUCCUACAUGGUUUUCAGAUGUUAUGCAUUCAUGUGCAGUAAGACGAAGCCUCGUGGUAUUCAAAUGCAGUUACAUCAUGGUGCUAAAGGGAUGUUAUGCUGGCCCAGACCAAGCUGCUACUAGGGUGUUCGUUUGCUGGCGUAACUUCUUUUAGGCAAUCUAAUUAGCUGUGCACGAGUGCGGUUAACAUUUUGAAAGCAUCCUACUGGUUUAGUUGGCGAUUUAUUUUUCUUGGUUUUGUGCAUUAUGGGAUCAAUAGUUGCCAGGGUUGAUGUGCGAUCUUUCAGCUCAGGGAAAGAACUUGUCAUCAACAUGCAAGCAAAAAGCUUCUUCUGGCCUCAAUCAUACUAACAUCUGUUAUGUUUGGCUUUUCAUAAAUCUGGACCAUUUUGAUAAUCUAUUCUCUGAUUACGUUCUUCAGGCCAUUUACGUUUUUGGGUUUGGGGUACCACUAUUUGUUGAAGGACUAGAGAGCACUCAAAGAAUGAAAUGGGGAAUGUGGAUCAUCCAUCAACUGUUGAUAUUUGGAGCCUACGGGUUUGUGUUAUUUGUGCAUUUCUCAGGAGGCAAGGAUAAAUUGCCUCCAAGGCCAGCAUUCUACAACUACAUCAGCAUGAUGUUUAUUAUAAAUGCAAUGGGAUUGUUUGCUUGUGGAGUUGCUGCUGUUGGGGUUGGCUUCGGCAUUUGGUUGUACUACUUCCUGGUUCUGUGCUACCACUCUCUCUACCUUCCAUUCGUAUACACAACAUUUCUUGCCGAUUUUUUCCAGGAAGAAGAAUUUCUUCUGGAUAAUGCAUACUACUCAGAGAUGAAAGAUGCAGGGUUCUUUGAUGCUGAUUGGGAGUAGGAAAUGAAGGCCUGGCACAGAGUAUAGACGCUAAAUAUUACAAUAGAGGAGGAAGAUGUGCACAUUAUAAUAUCCGGCUGAAAUUGAUACUGAACAAAAGGAAAGGGGAUUCAGAUUCAGUUUUCACCCCCAUACGCUUGAGUGGUGAAGUGAGAGUAUGAUGCGUGGUAAGCAAGAAAAUCGUACCAUGCGCUUGACCGGUGAAGGCAUAUUUGGAGUUUGGAAGUCCUUCCAGCAUAUGUGAUCAGAUCAAGCUGGCAGACGGAGGGUGAAGUGACGGGGAAUUGGAUUUUCAGCUUUUGGAUUUUAACUCUUGUUCUUCUCCUUACCUGCAAUUCUGGGCUGAGGGAGGCACGAACGGCAGGGAGAGAUGUGUAGGAAGUAAGUAGGGAAGCAGAAGAAAUAUUGAAGCUAUUUGGGGAGGGAGGUAUGGUGUAUCUAGAGUUGCAUAGAAAUGAUGAACAACGUCAUAUUGGUUUUUUUUUUCCUCCCGUUUUUUUUUUUUAAAUUUUGGCAAGAAACGUCAAGUUGCCAGGGGUUGAGAAUUUUCCUUGUCCCUUUUGGAUGGAGCCCAAGGCCAGGCAUGCAUGCAUGAAGGUCAAUUCUAAGUAUGCGAUUCUCAGAACAGAACACACUUGUCGAUGCUUGACGCUCAAACCUGAAAGGGUAAAUCGGACUUUCAUAUUGACAGCCACAAUUAAUCACCCACCCUGAAGCCAGAUGGACGCUUGCUGUAUAAUCGCCAAGGAGACCAACUAUGGGAAUGGAAUUAUUGAUGACAUACAAUAUUCGUUAUUAACUUUUUUACUGUAAUUUUUAAUGAUAUACAAUAUUAUUGUUAACGUUUGUGAAAAGAACUAUACGCGUUGUAUAACAUGGUGUUAUGAUUUAUGAAUGUUUUGAAAAUAAAUAAUAAUAAUAAUC